AUGGCUGCUGCUGUAGGCAAAUAUGCCGCCAACAAGAUGUUGCGCGGUCAGAUGGCAAAAUACCAGAGCAAGAAGCCUUGCGGCGACGAGAAGAAAGUUAAAAAGACCGUCCCCUCAUACAUCCCAGAACAUGAUGCCAACGUACUCGCCAAAAUGCGCCGUCGCUCUUACAGAAUGGACAUGGCGCUCUUUGAGUUCCUCGGUACCCGCUUCGGAUGGUCUUCGGUCAUCGGAAUAGUCCCCGCUGCCGGCGAUGCCCUGGAUGCUGGUAUCGCUUUGUUGCUUGUCAAAGGCUGUAUGAAGAUCCAGGGUGGUCUGCCCGUGGGCAUCCUCAUUCAGAUGCUCAUCAACGUCGCCAUCGACUUCCUCAUCGGUCUCGUCCCAUUCCUCGGCGACAUUGCCGAUGCCUACUUCAAAGCCAACACCAAGAACUGCCGACUCUUGGAGAAACAUCUGGACAGUCUGUACAAGCCCGAUGCUCUCAAGGCGGUUAAGACUCGCUCGGGCAAAGCAAACCCUCCAGCCACAGCGUACGAAGACUUUAGCGACGAAGAAGACGACCGUAGAGCGUUCCUCCAGGAGACUCGUCCACACACCGAUGGCGCCCACGACGUUCGCCAGCCUGCACCAACCGCUGAUCCCAGAGCAAAGAAAUCAGGCGGUUGGUUCAACUUUGGUGGGGGUAACAGCAGAAGAGAACAAGACCUUGAGAGGGGGUUGCUCNCCACUCGCCCAGUCCGUGUCGACGACACCAUGGAGACUGGAACUGUGCGUACUGAUAGAAGAUGA